UCGAGCUAGUAGCUUUCAAGCAAGAUAUUCAUCUCAAUAUAAAACAAUACAGCGCCGUAGAAAAGGACCAUUAGUCGCAACUGACGAGAUACAGCCUACCUGCCUUUCCACGUGGAAGAAAACGGGGGACAGAGACUUGCUAACUACGUAGUUGGCUUUUCUACAAGGAAUCUGGUGUAUGGACUUCCUGCUGUCUUCUUCUACUACAGGUCAUCUAAAGUGUAUGGACUUCCUGCUGUCUUCUACUACAGGUCAUCUAAAGUGUAUGGACUUCCUGCUGUCUUCUUCUACUACAGGUCAUCUAAAGUGUAUGGACUUCCUGCUGUCUUCUUUUAUUAUAGGCCAUCUAACGUGUAUGGACUUCCUGCUGUCUUCUUCUACUACAGGUCAUCUAAAGUGUAUGGACUUCCUGCUGUCUUCUACUACAGGUCAUCUAAAGUGUAUGGACUUCCUGCUGUCUUGCCAUUUACUGCAUUGUUGUUGUUCCCAACAGCAGGACAACAUGAGUGGAGAGAAGGAGACUUUGUUGGAUGAAAUCGAACAUAGUUUAAACUGUCUAACCAAGGACAAUUUACUUUACCUGUGUGAACGCUGUGGAAUAGAUGGCUCCCAAGUUAAAGGAAAGAACCAUCGCUCGUUGCGCCGUAAAAUCUUGGAGGAAAUGUGGGUAAAUGCAGAUUCGGUCAAAUCGGAGGAGCAGGGAAUGUCUUGGUUACUCCGACUGAAAGAUGACAUCAGAAAGAUACAGGAAGAAUCUACUGUGUCACCCAUGAGUCACAGCCAGUCUGAUGAUGAUGCUACAGACUGUGAUGAAGAAUGGGACAUGGAAAACAAGGAUUGGUUUCUUAGCAACGGGCUGGAGGCAGCUCCAGAGGACCACACCCCAGAGCAGAGGCAGAGGGGUGACACGUCUCUACCACCCGCCUCCCCUCUCCCCGAGUCCCCAGGUCCUGCCUCUCCCGCUAGCACAUUACUACUGGGUUUGAAGAGGGUGUCUGUGCGGCUGGUUGACUGCAGGAAAACACUGGAGCUGAGUGGAACUACGAGAGUAGGAGGAGAAGAGAAGGGAUAUGGAGAUUCAGAUUCGAUGUCAUCAAGUAGGAACAAUGGGGACAACCCUAACUGUCGCUCGCUCAGUGGGAAGGACUUAUCAUCUGGGAAGGCUCCAGGGUUGAAAGUGAUCCAGCGACCUUAUAGCUGUGAUGUAUGUGAGAAGAGUUUCACUCAAUCAGGAAACCUACGACGGCACCAAAGAGUACACACAGGAGAGAGACCAUAUGUCUGUCCUAUAUGUGGAAAGAGUUUCCGUAUGUCAGGAACACUGACUAGACACAAGAGAACACACACAGGAGAGAAACCAUAUGGCUGUCCUAUAUGUGGAAAGCGUUUCCGUACAUCAGGACAAUUGACUAUACACAAGCGAACACACACUGGAGAGAAACCUUAUAGCUGCGAUCAAUGUGGGAAGAGUUUUACUCAAGCUUGUUCCCUGACUGAACACAAGCGAACACACACUGGCGUGAUGUUCCACUGCUCAGACUGUGAGAAGAGCUUCCCUACAUCAGUGAAGUUGAAACGGCACCAGCAAACGCACACAGGAGAGAAACCUUAUCGCUGUGAUCAAUGUGGGAAGAGUUUUGCGAGAGCUUAUUCCCUGACUGAACACAAGCUAACACACACAGGAGAGAAACCAUUUGUCUGUGAUCAAUGUGGGAAGAGAUUUACUAACUCAGGAACACUGACUUUACAUAAGCCAACACACACUGGAGAGAAACCUCGUAGCUGUGCUAUAUACAGCUGUAAGCACUGUGAGUGGAGUUUUGCUCAUUCAGAAGACCUAGCAAGACACCACCAGAGAAAACACAUGUGGGAGGGUAUUCAUGUCUGUGAUCAAUGUGGGAAGAGUUUUGCUAGUUCUGGAGACCUGAAUAUACACAAGCGUAUACACACAGGCGAGAAACAAUAUGUCUGUGAUCAGUGUGGAAAGAGUUUUUCUAGUUCGGGAAACCUGAAUAUACACAAGCGUAUACACACAGGCGAGAAACCAUAUGUCUGUGAUCAAUGUGGGAAGAGCUUUGCUUCAUCGGGAUUCCUGACUAAACACAAGCAUAUACACACCGGAGAGAAACCUUACAGUUGUGAACAGUGUGAGAAGAGAUACAUUUCCAAAGGAGAGUUGAGAACCCACCAGCUUGUACACCCCAGAGAGAACUCUCUUUUCCUGUGCGAUCGAUGUGGGAAGAGCUUCACACACAUGGGAUCCCUGAAUGUACACAUGCGUAGGCACACAGGAGAGAAACCCUACCGCUGCGAUCAAUGUGGGAAGAGCUUUAUUCAGCCAGUAGAAUUGAAAAUGCACCAACGAGUGCACACUGGAGAGAAACCCUACAGCUGUGAUCUAUGCAGGAAGAGAUUCGCUCAGUCAGGACUGCUGACUGUACACAAGAGAACACACACUGGAGAGAAACGUUAUAAAUGUGACAUAUGUGGGAAGAGAUUUGCUCAGUCAGGAAACCUGAAGAGUCAUCAGAAAACCCACACAGGCGGAGAGAGAACCCGCACAGGCGGAGAGAGAACCCGCACAGGCGGAGAGAGAACCCGCACAGGCGGAGAGAGAACCCGCACAGGCGGAGAGAGAACCCGCACAGGUGGAGAGAGAAGUCAUUCAGACAGAGGACUGAAUCACCUCCACACCUCCAUCCUCUCAGGCAUCAGUUCUCAGGAUCCCUCUGUCGACUCUGGGCAAACAUCACAGGAUCCCUCUGUCGACUCUGGGCAAACAUCACAGGAUCCCUCUGUCGACUCUGGGCAAACAUCACAGGAUCCCUCUGUCGACUCUGGGUAAACAUCACAGGAUCCCUCUGUAGACUCUGGGUAAAAUAGCCCACUUUGUAUUCCAUAUACAGUGUACAUUGCAUGGAGGCGGCAGAGGACGAAGUGCUGCUGGAUAUGUAUGACACAGUCCCCCUCAAGUAAUAUUGGUUAGUAUUUUGUUACAAUACGAAUAUCCGUAAGUGAUUUUAAUAUGCGUUUGUGCCUGACCAUGUCCACCGGGAAUGUUUAUUGGUGGCUAUGUUUUGUUUUAAAGUGGCCAUGUUUUAAAUUACUAGCCUAGAAUAUAUUGCCUUAUGAGACUUUUGUCCAUAGAGGGACACCAUUAUCAAGUUUCCUGCAGAUUCGGUCAUUCGGUUGCAGAGGAGUAACGUUUUAAGGGUUUUUCACUCAAUUCAAAGUGGCAGAAAAUCCAUCAUGGCGGCCCUUAUGGUUCUCUGAGGCACAUGUGUUCCUUUUUUUUUUUACCCCUUUUUCUCCCCAAUUUUGUGGUAUCC